UGCUUAAAAAAACUAAGGACACACCAUAAAAUUUAUCAUUAAAAGGAACCAGAGGAUUUCUUUUUCGCUCCUUCUUAUUUUUCUUUUAUCUGGUUCCUUUUCCAAUAAACUGUAUGUCAUCUCGAAUAGACUUGCAAAUCACACACGUCGACUAUAAGCGUAAAGACCCUGUGUUUUGGAUAGACUUUGAGACAAAUCUUGUGAAAUACAAACAAAAGCAAAAACGAGUACCACGAUACUAUUCUGAACUAGAAAAACUUCAUGACCAUUUAUGCUUAACCCUAGACGACGCUCUUAUUCCACCUUUGCCAGCAUGUCCUAAGCCUCGAUUAGAUAAGGAAGGUCAAGUAGUGGGCAGGCAAUGGUGGUAUACGAUUCGAUUGCCGAAUGAAGAAAAGAAACAACAUUACAAUAACCAAGGUGAUAAUGCUGUUGAACAAAGGAUACAAAUAUGGUUAAAUAGAAUAGCGGAACACGAAAGGGCAAAGAUGAGUGAAGGACUCAGAGAAUUCAUUGAAUCCGAAGUAGGGUUUAGACCGAGUUUGAACAAGGCCAUGCUAUACAAAACCAGAACAAAGCAGAUUGUUAUACAAGUAUCAGAAGAGGACAUGGAACCGGAAUUCGGAUAUUGUUCAUCACAACUGAGUGGUUUUGUUCAGCAUAUGCAUCAAUUAUCAACACGUCUUGAUAAAUUAGCACAAACACAAACAGAUGCUGCUCGCUGUUGGCUUAGUUUAUCGAAUGCCUGGGUUUCUUAUGGUGGCAUUGAAAGAAACCCAAGCCUGUUUAUUUUAUAUAAAUCAAUCGCAAAAGGAUAUCAGCAGUUAUUUAACAUUGAAAGAUCGCAGGCACUUGCUUCUAGCGAAACACUAGGAGACGAGCUUGUUUAUCAGCAAAGAAAUUGUGAAUCUGCCAAGAAUGCAAUGCAACGAAGAAUUAAUGCAUUAUCUGCUUAUUUAUCAAGUAGAAAAUAUACAGAAUCAAGCUUGAGAAACGUUGAGAGACUAAAGUCAUCUAUCAAUAUUGAUCGAGAUCAAGCAAGUGACGCUAUCGCUAUUUUGGAAGAUGUAAGAUCUUGAUGCGAUGUCUUGUCUGCUAAUUUAUAUGUCUAUAGGCUCGAAUCAGGGAAAGUGAAAACUUGCAAAAGUUUAAACGAAUUGAUGCCAAUUUAAACCAUGAUAUUGAA